AUGAACCACACUCCGGCAUCAAAUUUUGAGCGACAACAUCUUAUGAACAAGUUGCCGAGAGACGUGGUUGCAGAAUUGGUUAUAUGUUUGGCUUCAAACAUUCAAUACCAGAAAGAUAUACUUGCUGUUAUAUCUCAAAGCCAACAGCUUGAUUUUUUAAAUUACGACCAAUUUUUUAUCAAUCAAGCCAAACCAAUUAUCGAAGCAAUGUUUGGGUCAUCACCAGAUUUAACGAACGAUGUAACAACAGUAAUCAAUGGUUCAAAAAUGAUAAUCACAAAACAAACAUGUGAAGAAGCUGUGCAUAUCUUUAUCGAUGUACUAAUGUCUCAGCAUUUUAUUUUGAUGAACAAUCGUGUUAAUGCCAAUAGCAAUGAAACACCAACAGAAUUAAAACAUCAAACAGAAAUUUUAAAAUUACCUUAUGAUGAAAUAGAUCCUUUUCUAAAUCGAUUGGUUCGUCGAGGUAUUCUAAAAAAAGGAAAAUUUGUGAAAUCAUCGAAACAAAGUGGAACAUAUGAAUCAUAUUUAAAAUAUUUACCAUCUGAUCCAUUAGAAGAAAAAGAAUUAUCGUUCGAACCACAACGACAUCAUAUACAAUUUGAUGAAUAUCAAGAGAUUUACAAAGUAAGUGCUGUUUCACCAGAUCGUACAAUUUUAACUAUGGAUGGGAAAUUCGUAAUGAAAAAACAAAAUGUUAACUUUAUGGUAUUAAACAAUCAUCAAGACACGUAUGCUACACAAAGUACUUCAGAUUUAGCACAUGACCAAGUGACACCAAUUGUUAAUAUUUGCGUUGGAAAUGGUGAAUACUAG